AUGGCCCAAGAGACGACGCAGACGCAUAACAACGGUAGCUCCAUGCCCGCAGACGGCGCGACCGACUAUGCCCGGAAGGAGCAGGCGUUUGCGCAGUUGAUGAGCGCGGCGCACUACUUGUGCUUCGGUAUUCCCUUGAACAUCCACUUUGCCGAUGAACACGUCCCAUUGUAUCACACUCAGAACGACGUCUUCUACACGCGCGCUCGCCCCUCCGAGGUGCCUUCGGGCACUUCGGGCACUGACGCUCCCGAGGACCGCAAGGGCCAUGCCGAUAUGCCCGACUCUGCCGCGGAUGCGGAGACGGCGGCGGAGGCUCCCACGGCCGCGCAUGGCAUUGCUCCUGCCACCCUCAUUUCUGCUGUCGCUUCUAAUGGGGCCUCCACUAGCGGCUCUGUCAGUGACGGCUCGUUAGACAUGUCUUGGUAUGUUGUGACUCGCGGAUACGAUACUGGCGUCUUCGAUUCCCUCGCUCUUGCACAGUCGUUGACGUUCAAAUGUCCCGGUCAGAACUACAAGAAGUUCAAAUCGGAGUACUUCAUGACAGCCCAUUCACCGGAGAUGGAGACGGAGACGCAGCCGCAGGCUUCGAGCCCAGACAAUCAUCCCAGGCGGCAUAAAGUCUGUGUAGCGGCCGAGCCCCUUCGUGCUCGAACAUGCAGUCGAUGCGAACUACUGGAUGCGGAGAAGGCUUCACUCCUUGAGGUUCUUGUCGAGCUCAACACCCUGCGCGCGGAAAUCGAGCUGCUGCGGUACAGCAACAUGCUCAUCAAGCAGGAGCUCAUCCAGCGGCACCCCAGCAAGUCGUUCUUGAAGGAUCACCUAGAGCAACUUCGGGAUCUAGCGACUCACAUCGAAGACUCGUAUUAG